UGCUGAAAAUCGUACGAGACCUGAACAAACUGUAAAAUCAAAAAGGGAUACAUAUCUUGUUGAUGAAGAGGAUGGUUCAGUGGGUUCAGAAUAUCCAAAUGAAGUAAAUGAAGUACAUGAAAACAAUUCCCAAAUGCAAACAUUAAGGGAACUCGUACAAAAGUCAAGGGGAAAAACAAAAAUUCCACGAUCAAGAUUCGCCACCCCUCAAGAUGAGGAAGGACAAAGCUCACAACAUCAUUUAGUGGAGGAUACAUAUGAAAUGUUAAGGAACGUGAGGAACUGCAGGCUUCAAGAAGAAGACGAAAAUGAAGGUACACAAACUCUGGGACAGAAAAUGCUAUUAGAGUUUAAGAAACUAGAAAAUGCUAUUUUAUGCUUUAAUAACAGACUGAAUUCAGUGGCCGAUCAG